CGUGGCACAUCGUUGUCAAGUUGUCAACGUCAACAGAAGAGCACCACUGAAAGAAGGCGGGACAGCAUAGCUCGUCGAGGGUCUCCAGGUGGAUUAAGGCUGCGGAUCAUUGAGUUACAAAUAUAGUGAGACUCAACUGAUUGCAGAUAUUGUCUGGGAACAACACAAGAAUGAUAUCUGAGGUGGUAUUGGUGUCAGUGAUAUAUUGGAUGUUUGGCUUGAUGGUCGUGUUCCCCCCAUGUGCAGCAGUAGCGGCAGGACUCACCAUAGAUGGACUGCUGGAUCAAUAUUUGGGAAGCGAGUCCAUCACCUUCAUCCAGUACCACAUGCGCAGAACAGCUGUAACCUGUAUUCUCCAUUCCCUACUGCUGCCUGGAUAUGUGGUGACUUUAAUGAUGAGCAAGCCAUGGAUUUGUGACUUCCUUGAUGUUCACUACCACUCCCAAGCCUCCACCCUUCUCCUUCUGGCAUCUCUUCUCCCAAGUGCUGUUGUUGGCUGGAUUGUGUCUAACUGGUGGGCCAGUGGUUGGCAUAAGCAUCCUCUGGCUGUCAGUCUUGCUGUCUAUGCCCCAAACAAUUCUCCAGAUGCAUGGAAGUUUGUGGCAGCUGAUAUCAACACAGAGUACAGGAGAGUGGAUAAAUUUACCAGUGGUGUAUCAAGUGCAUACAGAGUGGUGGCCACAGACAGCUGGCUGAUGAAGGUGACAACUUAUCGAGUACAGUUGAUUAAUUUGAGGGAUGCUGUGCUCUCCUUGGAGGGAAGCCAUGUCACUCAGGGCCCAGUACAUGCAGCACCCAUACCUGCACAGCAGCUGAGCAUCAAUGUUAUGUCUGUCAGGGAGGGAGUACCUGCUUUUUGCAUCAGACUCGGUUCUAUGGAGUUUGGUGAGCUCGAGCUUAAAGCAGUCAAUCCAGUUGUCAAUGCUCGCCAGAUUGUUGUCCAGCAGAGCCUUUCUGAUCUCUUUCUGGAAACAUUCACCAAGACCAUCCGCCUCAACCCCACAGCCACACCACCCAAUAAGGAGAGGAAUCUCUGCUUUGGUUGUCAGCAAAUCCCCGCAAAUGUAAGCUUGGACCGACGCUGUAAUGCCGCAGGAGAAAGUACCAGCUGUCAGGAAUGCCGCUGUCGACCUAUGUGGUGUGUGUCCUGCCUUGGUAAAUGGUUUGCCUCUCGUCAAGAUCAGAACCACCCUGAGUCAUGGCUGGCUUCCCGUGCUCCCUGCCCAACCUGCCGCUCCACUUUCUGCCUGUUGGAUGUCUCUCUCAUAGCGUAGCACAAACUGUCCUCCCCUGUAAUUCGCCACACAUCCCUGUUCAUUCUUUAGUAUCGUUAUGCUAGUAUCUUCCUCAUGUUCUUCUCUCUCAUCCUGCAUCAUUAGGCUUAUCCCUAUUUAACUCCUUCUGCACAAAAUUUUACUUAUAGUACAUGACAGCUCAUCAGUCUUAUACCACAAAGAAACAUGAGUGUUUUUAUAAACCAAAGUAUGUACUGUAUGUCUAGAUAUAUUGGUCAGUUGAUGAAUGAAAAGAUACUUCAUGUAGUGCUAAUACAGGCAACCUCGCUUAACGAACGGGUUGCGUUCCUAAAACACUGUUCGUUAAGUAAAUUUUUGUUAAGUGAACCAAUUAUAACAAGUUUGACCCCUGACUUGAACUUCCAUUGAGAGUAAACAAAGCGAGAGUGCAUCAUAGUACAGUGAAAGAUUUAAUGAAAGUAAAAAUUAAAAAGUUAAACAU